AUGAGUUCUUACUUUGUAAACUCGUUCUCAGGACGCUAUCCUAAUGCCCCCGACUAUCAGCUGCUAAAUUAUGGGACCAGCAGUUCUAUGAACGGAUCUUAUAGAGAUCCCGGCACCAUGCACGCCGGCUCUUACGGUGGAUACAACUACAAUGGGAUGGAUCUGAGCAUCAGCCGUUCCACCUCCGCCUCCAGCCACUUUGGAGCGGUGGGGGAGAGCUCCCGCGCCUUCCCCGGCCAAGCCCCGCCAGACAGCCGCUUCCGACAGGCGUCGAGCUGCUCCUUGUCCGCGCCCGAGUCCCUCCCGUGCUCCAGCAGCAGCACCGGCGGCGGUGGCGGCGGCAGCGGCGGCACCAAGAACAACAACGGCGGCGGCGGCAGCAACGGCGAGAGCCAUGGAGGCAAAGCCGCCGCCUCUUCCCCCGCCGAACAGGCUGCCUCCGCCGGCGCCGCCAACGCCGCCGCCUUCGCCGAGCUCGACGAGACCAGCGCGUCCUCCGGCACCGAGGAGAGCGGCUCCCAAGUCGCCGGCAACGUCGCCAGGGCGGCCAGCGACUCCCUCGCCGCGGCCACGCCGGCCCCCGAAGGGCAGAGCCCGCAGAUCUUCCCCUGGAUGCGGAAACUUCACAUUAGCCAUGAUAUGACUGGGCCGGACGGGAAGCGAGCGCGGACGGCGUACACCCGCUACCAGACCCUGGAACUGGAGAAGGAGUUUCAUUUUAACCGCUACCUCACCCGCCGGAGGCGAAUAGAGAUCGCCCACGCCUUGUGUCUCUCCGAAAGACAGAUAAAAAUCUGGUUCCAGAACAGGCGGAUGAAGUGGAAGAAAGAUAACAAACUCAAAAGUAUGAGCCUAGCCUCUGGUGGGAGCGCCUUUCAGCCAUAA